UUAAAGCAAGCGUAAUAUGCGUUUCUCAGUAAUAAUUCUUUCACUCAAUUUAUUGAGUUUCUCCAGCGGAUUUCCCAUGGAACAGGGAAAUGAUUGCGAACUUUUAGAGUAUGUUGAUACCGACGAUUCGUGGUCAAAUAUAUUUGAUAAUGUGAGAAGAUCUCUGGAGGAUGCCAUCAAACGGGCAUCGAAUUUGGAAAAGUGCCACUCCCAAGUCGAGUUUCUUCAAAGCUGUUUGGAUCGCGCCAACAGUGUUACUUCCCCAAAAGAACAAAUGCAGUACGUUGUUGAAUUCAUUGGCUACCAGGAAAUGCAUUCCAAAAAUGAAUCUACGCGCACAAAUACUUAUUUUGGAAAAAACAUGAUACAUUUAUUUAAGAAAACUGUCGAUAAACUUACGCAGCUGAGCAGAAAACUAAUUAAAGUGUCGGAAAAAAUUGAUGAGAGACUGGGCAAAACAAUUGACAAAAGUAAGAAAUUACUUUUUGGUCAAGAAACAUGAAGGUUUUAUAAAACUGAGCAAUGCUUUUCUUUAUAACAAUAAUUAAAUGUGCUGAUAGUGCUUGCUACAUA